AUGGACAGCCACGGCGGUUCCUGUCAAUACAUCGUCAUGAUCGGUCUCCUCGAUAUUGAAGCUGAGUUUGGGCCUGGUUGGCUUGGUAGAUCGGACUUUGUAAGGGAGCGGAUCAUGCAAAAGGUUUUGAACAUCAACAACCACGUGGCCACGUUAUCUAACCGAUAUAAACACAUGUCUAACAACAAUCAUGUUGAUUCUCCUUUGCAUUCCAAUGGUGUUGAUACCAAAUUGCAUGGUCUUAGUCCCGAAGAAUUUUUUAUUUACUCCGUUAGCGUAGCCCUUAACACCAACAACAAGACACAGAGCGGUUGUGGCGGUGACGUUAGCAGCGUUAGUGCCAAAAAGGAAGGUGACGGUGUAUGUGUAAUUACUGCUAAACUACCUCGCGAUUGCAAUAGGCAAAAAAUCUAUACUACCUUGAUGCAAAGGCUGAUCUCUCCCAGUGCCGUAGUACUAAAGGUCCAUAGGGAAGAUGCCGAGACUAUGCGAUCCAAUACCCAGCUUAGGCGAGGGGCUAUGACACAUAAUAAGAAUAAGGGCACAGAUAUUUUUAACACCGAGAAAUCAUUUGGUAUGGAUGGCAGGGAUAGUCACUUUGCCUUCUUUUCCCAAACCUCAUUAUUGUUAACAUCUUCUGUACUCAAUAACUCAAAUCUGGUUAAAAAAGAUGACGACUUCGCCAUACAAAGAUUGAGGAGUGAAAAGGCUCGUGCCGGGGCGCAACGAGAGGAGGGUACGAGAAUUUUGGGGUUCAAGAUAUGGUAG